AGGACCUGCUUAUUGUUUUCUUUUUGAUUUUUUUUUCUACCUGGAUAUGCAUCAGGACAUCUUCGUUCAACUAACGAUCUUCGGACGCAAUUGCUGCGGCGCACGUGAGUUGACCGCUACGUUCCGGGCAGACCGCUGGACUGCUAAAGCGUCGCAUGCGUUUURUUUCUACAACAUUCAGACGACAAAUUCAGCUGUCGAGUCUUUUUUUUUCUUCCCCCGAACGAGAACAGCCAGCAACGCCUUCGUCGUCAGCAGGAUGUUUCCACGACUGGGGUCGUUCCGAGGUUCUARAGGAGCCAGUUCUGCACAAAUGUUCAUGAAAAACCAGCCUACAGAGACUGAACUGAAUCAAGCAGUCAAACAGACACUUGUCAUGACUGAUGCUGAUAAACAAGUGAAGAAACCAUUGAAAUACGAUGCUUUUGCCAAGCCAGAAACUUCGCACGAACAUCUGAUUGAGAAAUACAGGAGCGGGGAAACGCAUGCGGUAUCUCUGCUCCAUCAGCUUGCCCAGGUGUUUCAGUUCCACCUUGAACUUAAAGAAACUGUAGCCACAGGAGAUUUACCAGGGUCCCUUUUUGCCUUCUGUGUUGUGAUCGAUGGUCUUCAGUACAAAACUGGCACGGGRUUAACCAAGAAGGCGGCACGUCUAAAUGCGGCGAAACUCGCUCUGGAGGAAUUUUUGCCCAACUUGGAAACUCAGAAAUCUGUUUUCCCAGAAGCAUCAGAUGCUGCUCCACCUUUGCCAGUAAAAGAAAAGCCCUCGCUUCCUGACAUCUACCCCUCUAGAGCUGUUUACGAAAGAAAGAACCCGUCCAACGUUCAGAUUCCUCACGCCGUCAGGGAUCAGCUCGCCAAACUGAUGGACAACCACCCCGAGUUCUCUAGCUGUGCCAGCACAACAGCAGCCUUUAUUAUCCAAACCUCCAGUGGAUGUGAAGUAGUCGCUCUCGGCACCGGGAACUUCAACGCUAAACAGUGCAUUUCAUCGAACGGACGGAUUGUGCACGACUCGCAUGCUGUCGUCACCGCUCGGAGGUCUCUUAUGAGGUUUCUGUACCGGCACCUGCUGCUGUUUUUCAGCAAAAAUGCCAACCUGAAUGAGARAACCAUCUUUCAGCACAACAGCAGCAACAACCUCCUGAGCCUGAAGAGUGGCGUUGUGCUUCAUCUCUACGUGAAUCAGCUGCCGAAGGGUGCAUCUCAGGUUCCCUCAAAUUUGCAGCUGCACCCUCUCUCCAUUUCAGCAUGGCAAGUCAACAAUGAAAUCAGCCUACACCUGUCAGUGGAGGGCAAGGUUUUCUCUGUUUUCUCAUCRAGUCUCCAUCACUCUGCCAGCAGCAUGGUCAGCAUGUCCACCACAGACAAAAUCACUCAGUGGCAGGUUCUGGGAUACCAAGGAGCUUUGCUUAGCCACUUCAUUGAGCCCAUCUACGUCCAAAGCAUCCUUGUAGGUGACUCUGGCUGCCAUGAAAUUCGUGGUAUGGAGAUCUCUGUGAGCCAGCGCGUUGAAGGAAUCACCCCUCAGCUGCCCAUGUUUUACUGCAUGAUGCGCCCGCACAUCAGCCUGGUGCCCUCCGUGGCCACAGACGGCGCCGACAGCAGGGAGCCCACCUACGGGAUCAACUGGAGCGAAGGAGACAGCUCUGUGGAAGUCAUUGAUGGUCUUGAGGGCAAAACCGUAGAAGAGUCUCCGUUCAAAAGUGGCCCGGCUCUGGCAAGCCGUCUGUGCAAAGCAGCCAUGCUGCACCGCUUCAGGCUGGUGGCCAAAGAAGCCCAGAGGGAAGACCUGCUGGUCACAAGCUCCUACAGAGAGGCAAAGAGGAUGGCAAAGACAUACCAGGAGGCCAAGAAUGUUCUGCGUGCAUACCUGAGUCAGCAAGGUUUUGGUUCAUGGCUGGAAAAAGUUUCUCUUAGUGAUAACUUCAGCAUUAAAGCUGAAGAUGCAGGCGACCUCUGUGGGGGAGGUGGUCAUCAAAGGAGUUUUUGCAAACAGAUACCUGGCGAUGAACAGAGAUGGGAGGCUGUUUGGAGCGAAACGAACGACAGACGAGUGCUACUUCCUGGAACGUCUGGAGARCAACAACUACAACACCUACCGCUCCAGAAAAUACCCAAACAUGUACGUGGCACUGAAGCGAACUGGUCAGUACAAGUCCGGGAACAACACCGGGCCGGGUCAGAAGGCCAUUCUCUUCCUCCCGAUGUCUGCCAAGUGCUAAUCAGGGAUCAGCCCGAGAGACGGAGGAGAAGAUGUGAAGCCGAGGACGACAGCCUUCCAUAACCUAAAAUAGCUGUGACUCACGACUGAUUGUUUGUUUUAAAUCCUGAACAUAUCUGAGGAUGUCGGGCUGAACUCUCGGGUCGGUGCCACAUCCAGACCGGACUGCUUCCCAGUAAAACCAGGACUUUACUGGAGUCUGUGGCCGAUAAACCAGAGUCUGCAGUUUACCUCCUCAAUCUGGAGUUUUUAUAAAUUAUCUUCUAGUUAAGAGAUCAUUUUGCUAAAUUAACAAAAAGGUACGUAAAAGCUAAAACUUUACAAAUAGCUAAAAGCUUAAAUUAGCAUAAGGAGCAUUAAAAAAAUAGAACGUCAGCUAAAGUAGAUUUCAAAUAUAUUUCAGUAAUUCAAACAUGAGAAAAGUUACAAAAACCAAACGUUUUGAUAUAUAAAUGGUUAAAAUGGCACAAAGUAUCUAGAUUACAAAACAAUGUACUAAAAGAAUGUACUCUUUUGAAGCAAAGGAAGUUUCUGUUCUUAUAAUUAUUAUAAUGAACCUGUAAACAUGAAAUCUGUGCAAAGAGCAAACUUCAUCGAUAAAUGUUAGUUUAAUCAGUUUUUUUUACCUUAAAUAAAAUUUAAUUGAAUAUGGCAGCAAUAAAUAUAAACU